GGAAAGCGCGGGGGCGGAGGCUGGCAGGGGGCGCUGGAGGCAGGAGCCGCCCGAGCGCUCCGAGCGCCCGAGGGUGCAGGAGGCUCUGAAACCGCGGCAGCGCCGCGAGCCUCCGGGGCCCGGGCGGCGGCUGGGCGGGGAGGUUGGGGGGGCGCCGCCGCCGCCGGGGGCGUCGCUGGCCUCGGCCCCUUUGUUCUCGCGCGCUCCCCCUGGCCGCCCACUCCCCUGCUGUCGCGCGGCGGCGGCUCCUCCCGCCCGAGGCAGUCGGGCUCUGCGCCGGGGGCGGGAGGGGGCGGGGGGAGCGUGCCUGCCGCCAGGAGUGGGGGGCGAUGGCGAAGCUCCGGGUGGCUUACGAGUACACGGAAGCCGAGGACAAGAGCAUCCGGCUCGGCUUGUUUCUCAUCAUCUCCGGCGUCGUGUCGCUCUUUAUCUUCGGUUUCUGCUGGCUCAGUCCCGCGCUGCAGGAUCUGCAAGCCACGGCGGCCAACUGCACGGUGCUGUCGGUGCAGCAGAUCGGCGAGGUGUUUGAGUGCACCUUCACCUGUGGCGCCGAUUGCAGGGGCACCUCGCAGUACCCCUGCGUCCAGGUCUACGUGAACAACUCCGAGUCCAACUCCAGGGCGCUACUGCACAGCGACGAGCACCAGCUCCUGACCAACCCCAAGUGCUCCUAUAUCCCUCCCUGUAAGAGAGAAAAUCAGAAGAACUUGGAAAGUGUCAUGAAUUGGCAACAGUACUGGAAAGAUGAGAUUGGUUCCCAGCCAUUUACUUGCUAUUUUAAUCAAUUUCAAAGACCAGAUGAUGUGCUCCUGCAUCGCACGCAUAAUGAGAUUGUCCUCCUGCAUUGCUUCCUCUGGCCCCUGGUGACAUUUGUGGUGGGCGUUCUCAUUGUGGUCCUGACCAUCUGUGCCAAGAGCCUGGCAGUCAAGGCAGAAGCCAUGAAGAAGCGCAAGUUCUCUUAAAGGGGAGUCGGCUUACGGGAAGCAAAGCACAGAAGCUGCACUCAUCUGCACACAUCUACCUGCAGAGCCUGCUUCCUGGCGCAGGAGAUGGAAGGGGCUGUGAGAGGUCUCUGAGAGGCUCCCCCUCAACGAUAGCAGAAACAGGCACAACCGGAAGACUUGGAACCUCAUAGAUUGUUUUCCAUGUGUUGUAGCGAUGGCUAAAGGGUCAAGCUGUAAGGAGUAUCUGUUUCAGAAAAUCCAAUAGAACUUAAUUUUCUUUGGGAAGUAACAGUAUAUAAUUGUACAGUGUAGAAUACAAACCAUUAUGAUUUAUGCUACUUAAAAAUAUUAAAAAGAGAGUGGUCUGUGUUCUUUUCUAUUUUCUUUUUUAUGCUUAGAACACCAGGGUUU